AUGCCGUGGCUCCUGAUGCUGACGCUGCUCCUGCCUACGUGUUCUGCUUCAUACAAAGGCCCCACUGGGCUCAGCAAAGAGGAAGAUGGGUCAUACACUAACCAUUUGCCUAUUUCUGGGGGUGGGGGGAGUGGUAUAGGAGAUCUCCUGGACCGGCAAUAUGCUGCUCUAGGGCUUGCCGAAGUGGUCUUGCAGUGCCCCAUCCCAGAAGGUGUAUCCAUGGUGGAGUGGCAAAAGAACGGCAUAGCAGGGCCCAUUUUGAAAGCAUCAGUGCGAGAAGAUGGCAAACUGGCCCUGUGGAACACCAGCCUGUCUCAGGAGGGAGAAUACAGUUGCCACGAUCCCACAACGGGGCAGGCGCUGCACAGAGUUCAUCUGAAGCUGGGCUAUCCACCAGAGAAACCUUCUGUCCAGUGCCUGUCCAGCAGCUACGCCAGCGCUGUCCGUUGCACCUGGAAACUGGAAACAGAGACUCACUUGGACACUUGGUUCGUCACCACUUACAGGCACGGCAUGGAUGGAGAGGAGCGUGACUGUGUGCAGCCGGGAACAGGGACCAACAGCUGCUCCAUCGCUGACGUGCAACUGUUCUCCAUCGUCCCCUACGUGUUGAACGUGACAGCCGUGAACCCUCUGGGAACCGCGACCAAACUUUCCCCCUUCCUUAUCAGUCAGAUCAAACACGAUUCUUUGACCCUGAGGAUGUAUCUCCGUGCAACUCUGAGAAAGAGCGAAUGUGGAGCCGUAUCAGCCCAAGAGGUGAAUGGCAUGUCGCUGGGAGUGUGCGUUGCAGAAACCUCAGAGGAUGAGUGUAGAGUCCAAGGCAUUGAUCCAGGAGACAUAACGGUGGAUGAACUGAAAUACCAUCUGACAUCUCGUUACAAAGCUGCUGCCCCUGAGAAGCCCAGCUCCUCCGAAGCAGUAGAAUUAGAAAGAAUACGCCUGCUACAGAUUGAGUGA